UGCCGAUACGAACGCACGCGUCAUACGUUCCGUAAUCUAUUCGGACCACAAUGUUAAUCCAACAGUGGGAAAGUGUUCAAGUGUUAUACAUAUAGACUAGCUUAAGAAAUCGUUAACUAAAAGCAAUAACUAGAAGCAAUAUAAGUUUAAAAAGUGUGUGAAAUGGAAUCCGAAGUAGAAAAGACUCAGACUAAGAAGAAAGAACCAAGACCGUUUUCGAUUGAAUCUAUAAUAGGUAAUACGGAUAGAAAAUCACCGGAUAUAGAUAUAGAGAAUAACUUGUCGGAAAAUUCUAAAACUUCAGAAGACGAUGAACCGGAACGAAAUGAAGAUUUUAAUCGGAUGAGGUAUUAUUUGAACGCGCCGUUUUUACAUCAGAGUGGUGUCAGCUUUCCGUUUCUCCUCGGAUAUCCGGAGCCGUGGCUGAGCCGGGUAUUAGGGUCAAAUGUAGCAACACAGAACAUGUCAACAGAGAGCAGAGAGGAAGAAAGGAGAGAGAGUCCGUUGAGUGUAGGCAGUGAAGUGGAAAGUGACGGCGCAGAAGACAAUACUCAGGGUAACGAUUCAGAGCCGGAUCUAGAAGAUUCUAGCACGGACACGACCCGAGAGAACAGCAAAGCGCGACGUCGACGUACCGCGUUCACAUCCGAGCAGCUACUGGAACUAGAGCGCGAGUUCCACGCCAAGAAGUACCUCAGCCUCACUGAGAGAUCACAGAUCGCUUCCGCACUCAAGCUCAGCGAAGUACAGGUUAAAAUUUGGUUUCAAAAUCGAAGAGCGAAAUGGAAACGGGUUAAAGCGGGCCUCGCAUCAGGAAGUCAUUCCAGCGGGAAAAAUGGGUCAGGAACAAAAAUUGUAGUCCCGAUACCCGUCCAUGUGAAUCGUUUCGCUGUUAGAACGCAACACCAUCAAAUGGAAAAGCAAAAUGGCCUACAAUUUCGUUUAGACAGAACGCAACCCUUGGCAGGAAGUUUAUUGCAAUCGCAAACAUCAGCAUUUUUGAGUGCUGCGAAAGUAAAUUCGGAAAACCAUCAAGAACCGGUACUAUUAAACCCCGUCCUAAGUCGCAGCACUAUUUACGAUGCAAGUAUGUCAGCUAGGUUGGCAACAUUGAGCCAGGCGACCACAUUAAGGCACUAUCCGAACCACAAUGGUCGACAAAGUUAA